AUGUCGAGCUCACCGUCCGGCUCGCCUACGAUCAGCGCAAUGGAUACGGCCCGCACGCGGCUACCUACGGAACUCCCGGUCGAGAGCUAUACGCUGGCGCGCCGACCCUGGCGUCGCUACAUUACUCCUUUCGAGGACAUACUCGACCAUCGCUACAAGGGCGCCGGAACUGAAUCUGACCCCUACAUUGUUGAUUGGCUUCGCGACGACGUCGAGGAUCCCCAGAACUUCCCUGCCACUUUCAAGUGGUGCCAGGUGGGCCUGACGUCCAUCCUGACACUGGCAGUGACGCUCGCGUCGUCUGGGUAUGCUGGCGGUAUCAAGUCGCUCAUGAAGGAGUUUGGUGGCAGCUCAACGCUCUGGGUGGGCGGUGUCUCUCUUUUCGUACUGGGCUUUGCUUUUGGGCCGUUGCUGUGGGCCCCCACGUCCGAGGUCUUUGGCCGCCGCGUCGUUUACCUCGUCUCGUGCUUCUUCCUCACACUGUGGUUGGCGGUAACCAUUGCAGCGCCCAACCCUGCCGCUAUCCUCGUGUUCCGCGCUUUAUCCGGCUUCUUCGGCUCAUCGCCGCUCACCAACGCGGGCGGUACCGUGUCCGACCUCCUCACUGCUGAGCAGCGCGGCAUCGGCAUGGCCCUCUUCUCCGCUGCCCCGUUCCUUGGUCCUGCUCUUGGCCCAAUCUCGGGUGGCUACAUUGGCGACGCUGCCGGGUGGAAGUGGGUCAUGGGCUUCCUGGCAAUGUAA